AUGGGCACGCACUACCAGGCGCAUCAGGCAGUACAGAGCAUCAUAGCACUGCAGCAGCAACAGCAGCUACUGCGUUAUGUGGCGAGCCCUGCCACCUACUUGCAACAACAAUUUCUUCCAUUUGAAUUGAACCAACUAGCUGUGGCCAACCCAGCCACGUACUGGCAACAGCAGCAGGUGCUACGAAACGUAUUCAACCAAUUUGCCGUGGCAAACCCUGCUGCAGCCUACGCGCAGACACAACAGCUGCCACCAAAUGUGUUCCACCAGUUUGCCACGGUUAACCCUGUUGCCUACUUACAACUACAGCAAGUGGUGCCAGACGUGUUUAGCCAAGUGGCCCUAGCGAACCCAGCUGCGUACUGGCAACAACCCUUCAUUGGUGGUGGAAUUUACUAA